AUGGAAUUCAAUGGAGCUUGUUUGAUGGAGAUUUUAGUGGCAUUCAGUAGUGUUGGCGUAAUCUAUGCUUCCGAUCCUGACAUUCUCACCGAUUUUCUUGUUUCGACUGGUAGUAAAAGUGACGAAGGUAGUGGCCGCAGAGUUUCCGACGCUAAACGGGUCGGGCGUGUCAAUGGCGAUGCUACAAUUCCUGUUGUGGACAACACGGGAAAGCUCUUCACACAGACCCUCAUUUCAGGGGAUUUAUUUGUGUUUCCUAAAGGACUCCUCCAUUACCAACUCAACACGGAUGUUGCCUUUGAGGCCUUGGCUAUUUCAGCCUUUGGGAGCGCCAAUGCAGGCACCAUGUCAGUCCCUUCUACUCUCUUCACAAUCGGUAUCCCCGAAGAUGUUCUGGCCAAAUCAUUCAAGACAAACACACAGACUAUCAAGCUGCUCAAGGGUGGCCUUAAAAGUACCUGA